CAAGUAAUCUUUUCUCUCUUCUAAACUCCAUUUGUUAAAAAAUAACCUCUGCCUACAUUCUUGACCGGCCACCAACAAUAACUACCAUUGCCAUUAUUUCGUCCUACUCUCAUCAUCUCUAGCACUUUAUAGCUGAUCAUACACCCAUACCCUAUUUAUAUCAUGAAGGAAGAUACCAAACCCGGCCCUGCCCCUGGAAUGAACCACGCAGACGUUGCUGCUGCUAUUCAGGCUGAAAAGGAUCAGAAGGGCAUCAAACGCAACACAAACUUCCUCAAGAUUGAUAUGCACACUCAUAUCCUGCCAAAGCACUGGCCAGACCUGAAAAAGAAAUAUGGAUAUGGCUCUUGGAUUCAGUUAGACCAUGUUUCACCAGGAAAAGCCAACAUGAUGAUGGAUGGAAAGAACUUUAGAACCAUUGAAUGCAACUGUUGGUCUUCAGAACAACGUAUCAAGGAGUGUAAUGCAACAGAUGUCGAUGUCCAGGUCUUGUCGACUGUCCCCGUCAUGUUCAGCUACAAUGCUCGUCCAGAACACACGUUGGAUUUGGCUAGGUAUCUAAAUGACCAUAUUGCUCAGGUAGUGGCCGAAGAUCCAAAGCGCUUUGUAGGAUUGGGGACAUUACCUAUGCAGGCGCCUGAACUUGCUGUUCAAGAGUUAAGACGUUGUCGUGAAGAGCUUGGUUUGGCUGGUAUUCAGAUUGGAAGCCAUAUCAAUGACUGGAACUUAGAUGCUCCUGAACUAGAUCCUAUCUGGGCAGCUUGUGAGGAGACUAAUGCCGCGAUCUUUGUACACCCUUGGGAUAUGGAAAAUAAGGGAAGGAUGGAAAAGUACUGGUUCCCUUGGUUGGUGGGUAUGCCAUGUGAAACUACCAUCUCGAUCUGCUCUAUGGUGAUGGGUGGAGUAUUAGAGCGCUUCCCUAAGCUCAAGGUCUCAUUUGCUCAUGGAGGUGGAUCUUUCCCUGCGACCGUUGGACGUAUUCAGCAUGGGUUUGAUGUUCGUCCGGAUCUUUGUGCCACCCGCACUAAGAGUGGACCAAUGACCUACUUGAAUCGUAUUUUUGUUGACUCUCUGGUGCAUGAUGAAGAGACCCUUGAGUUCUUGAUCAAGAAGAUGGGUAUUGAUAACAUCAUGCUGGGAUCCGAUUAUCCCUUCCCCUUGGGUGAACUUCAUCCGGGCAAGAUGAUUGAGGAGGCUCGCUGGCUGACGGAUGAAGAGAAGACAAAAUUACUUAGUGGCAAUGCCAUUAAGUUCUUGGGCCUUGAACACUUGCUGAAUACUCCAAUGGAUGAAUAAAUAAAGAAUAGUUUAAAGGCUAAAGCAUUGUUUCCUAGAGGCUAGAGGCACA